GUUCGACCCAGCCCCACUGCAGGCAGCGGCGCACAGCAGCAUGGAGCUCUGGGGGGCCUACUUGCUUCUGUGCUGCUUCUCCCUCCUGGCCCAGGUCACUGCCGAGACCCCGAACCCCAAGGUCAAGAAGGCUGCAAAUGUCAAGAAAGAGGUUGUGAGCCCGAAGAUGUUUGAGGAGCUCAAGAGCCAGCUGGACAGCCUGGCCCAGGAGGUGGCCCUGCUGAAGGAGCAGCAGGCCCUGCAGACAGUCUGCCUGAAGGGCACCAAGGUGCACAUGAAGUGCUUCCUAGCCUUCCCCCAGGCGAAGACCUUCCACGAGGCCAGCGAGGACUGCAUCUCGCGCGGGGGCACCCUGAGCACCCCGCAGACUGGCUCGGAGAACGACGCCUUGUACGAGUACCUCCGCCAGAGCGUGGGCGGCGAGGCCGAGAUCUGGCUGGGCCUCAACGACAUGGCGACCGAGGGCGUGUGGGUGGACAUGACCGGCGGCCGCAUCGCCUACAAGAACUGGGAGACGGAGAUCACCGCGCAGCCGGACGGCGGCAAGGCCGAGAACUGCGCGGUGCUGGGCGGCGCGGCCAACGGCAAGUGGUUUGACAAGCGCUGCCGCGACCAGCUGCCCUACAUCUGCCAGUUCGGGAUCGUGUAGCGCCGGGGCGGGGCGAUCUUGCAGCCGCAGCCCCUGCGUGCGCUUGGAGCCUUCUUUUGCAAAUAAAGUUGGUGCAGCUUGGCG